CUUCAAAGCACGAAGUGACUCCAAAUGCCAACCAACGAAGAUGCUGCGAAAUCGUCGUCUCGGGUCCUGGACGAGAGUUUCUUCUACCCGCAGGAGGAGUUAAGCCGGCCACAACUUCAAGGGGAGAUGUCCCGUGACUUGGUCGCGUUUUCAGCGUUGCUGGGCUUUGACUCGAAAAAGCGCAACAACCUGCACUACCUGGACGACCACACUCUCCUCACGUCGGCGGGGAAUAGUGCUCAACUCAUACAUAUGGCCACGAUGCAAUCCAAGCACGUGUUCGGGUUGGGCGGCGGCGGUGUCGGUGCGAUCGCAGUGCAUCCGUCGAGGGGAUUCUUCGCUGUGGGGGACAAGGGGAACAAGCCCAACAUUACCAUUUACGUGUACCCGUCGUUGAAAGUGUUUCGGGUGCUUCGACAAGGCACUGAGCGUGCGUACUGUAGCUUGCGGUUCAGCAACGACGGUGCCAAGUUGGCUUCCGUGGGGGCGUCGCCAGACUUUUUGCUGACCGUGUGGAACUGGCGCGACGAGCAAACGAUUUUGCGGUGUAAAGCGUUCGGCCAAGAAGUGUUCAACGUCCAAUUCGCCCCCAACGACGGCGGGUUCCUGACCACCAGUGGCACGGGGCAUAUUCGGUUUUGGAAAAUGGCGUCGACGUUCACCGGGCUCAAGUUACAAGGCGACAUUGCCAAAUUUGGCAAGUCCGAGUUGAGUGACAUUGAAGCGUUUUGCGUCCUUCCGGACAAAAAGGUGCUAAGUUCCACCGAGCGCGGGGCACUGUUGCUGUGGGACGGCAACUUUAUCAAGUGUGAAAUUGUCACGUUCAAUCGACAGCGUGCGCACAAGGGCCCGAUCAAUGUCGUCCAGUACGAGCCAGCGUUCAAUCAAAUCCUCACUGCAGGCAGCGACGGCAUGAUGAAGUGGUGGCACUUUCCUGAAAUCGACCAAGCGGACGUGAAAGAAGACGACACCGUGGCCGAAGUGAUCCCUAAGGACGAGUUCUGUGUCUCGGUCAAGUCGCCCCAUCAUACGUCGACAGUCGCCGAUAUCCGCGGCGUCCUGCGUGGGUCCGACCACUACUUGAUUCAAGACGGCAAUGGGAUGCUCCAUAGAUUGGACAUUGACACCAAACAACUGACGCACUUGGCCGAAGGUCAUGCUGGGGCUAUCACUGGUCUGGCCACAUCGCCAGUCGAACACAUCGCCGCCACUUGCGGCAGUGACAGCACUGUGCGCUGCUGGAACUACGCCGCAACUUCAUCUACGUGCAUGUACAUCCAGCACUUCAAUGCUCCAGCGACCGCCUUGACCUUCGCUCCCCCGGCGCACGAUGCAACCGGCCGCACCAUCGCCGUGGCCUUCCAAGACGGCGUGGUGCGCAUCUUGGAUCGCGGGCCAUCCAACUGGCGACGCCUCCAUGUGAUCAAGCCGCACAGCCAACCGAUUACAUGUAUGGCGUACUCUCCCAAUGGCAAGUACUUUGUCACGGCCAGUCAAGACAACACGCUGUUCAUAUUUGCGUGCACCACGAGUACCUCCAAGUACGAGCCCGUGGGGUUUAAAAAGUUUGGGAAUAGUGAAACGGUGCGUCACUUGUCGUGGCGAUGGGACUCGAACGCGCUUUUGGUCACGUGUUUGAAUGGCAUGAUUGGGGAGCUGGAGAUGCCAUCAAUGACCGACGGGGAGCGUGCCACGUACGAGUUGGACUUACCGUACAAAACGUACGGGUUUCGACGUGUUCGAAAGUUGACCACCGACGAGCUGGUGGCGUUGGCAUCUGAUCCGUCCGUCGACGCAGCCAAGCCCACGAGUUACAACCCAAGCCCAGUCUCCACCGCUGUUUCCUUUGGCGAAGUCGAAGUCGGCGUGGGAGCAGGCCCUCCUAUCGUCCUCGCCGCCUUGUACUGCUGUGCUUCUGCCUCGUGCUUUCUCGUGAGCGUGGGUGGUGUGCAUGCUGGGGCAGUGUACAAAUGCGAGUGGACGAAGCCGUUUCCAGUUGGAGAGUUCCCAGACGAUCCUCAGGGCGCCGGUCAAUCGCUGACGUUGUCCCAUUCGCAAAAGUACGUUUUGGUGGGUAACAUCAACGGCAAAGUGCACCUCCGCGCUCGAACUGUGCCGUUUGCAGUACUUACGUGGGAGCUCCACGACCAAGGACCGACUGGCACGCCUUGCGUGGCCAUGUCAUUCGACGACACGUUUGUGUUGUCGGGGGGCUCAGACGGUCAGCUAUCUGUCGUCCGCGUGAACCCAGCCAAGAUUGACGAAGCGGCCCAACGACUGAGUCGGCAGUUUGACUUGGUCCUGAGCGAAGGAAAGCGGACGUAUCAAGUGGCCCACGAUCGCAUGGCUGCCCAGAACGACGUGCGAUUGGCUGACGAGCCGAUUUCGAAUGUAUUUUUGACCAAUCCCGUGUUCGUGGGGGCCAAGGCAUACGUGGCGUUUAUGGAUUCGGUGCGAAUUGUCGACGCUGAAACCCACCACGGCGUGUUGCGCCUGGUGGACGAGUGUGACCCGUCGGCGUUUUCCCCGGCGGCCGCCAUAGAUCCAAAUGCCCUGGACGACCGCCCCAAGGUGAAAGAAGCGCCAGACAUCACGCACAAGGAAGCAUAUACGAUCCAGGACGCCAAGUUGAAACUCGAGGCUGAUAUCCGCGCCAACAGCACCCUGGCCAAGAAAAACAGAACCCGCGGGAUCAUCGCUGAAAUGCGAGACCAAUUCGCCAAGUUGCAGGAGAUCGACGCGCGCAACGAACCAUUGGCUCGGCUAGACGACCGGCAGUGGAACAUCGACCCGGACUAUUUGAGCCUGCUCAUGGCGAAUGGCGACAAGUUAUGCGACGAAGUGCGGAAGGAGAUGGCGUACGCGUAUGAACAGAGCGAAUUGCUGCUUCACAAGAUGCGCAACAAAUACGUGGGCAACGUGGCCGUGGAACUGAUCACGCUACACGGGUUCCAGAACGGCCUGCACGUUCAAUCGUUCCGCACCACUCGAAUGACGGACGAAUUACAAGAACGGCUGCGGGUGAUCCAUGUGGAGAUGCAGGAACUGGCAAAGAACUCGCAGCCAACCAGUGAAAAGACAUACACGGUGCUGGACUUCAUCCAUAAGCCCAAGGCCGAGGCCUCUACCGACGACAAGCCCACAGCAGGAGAAAGCCACAAACGGCACUCCAGCCAUGUCCACCACAAAACCACCGCCGCGGAAACUAUAGAGGCCACCUCCCAUCGGUUUGAUUAUCGCAAGAACAUGCGCGCGGAACGCAAGGCGAGAACGCAAGCAUGGGAAGGCAAAAAGCCCAAAGAGGAAGCCGACGACCCGCGCGAUGUCGCCGCGAUUGCAUUUGCGAGCUCCCACAUGCAAGACUACAAGCUCAAAACCAGUGCCACGUAUGUCGUACCCGAAGAUCAGCGCGUAAAUGCAAUGAAAAAACGAAAGCAAAUGGCGCUGCUGGAAGAGAAAAUGUACGAAGUGGCCAUGGGGUUCAAUGCCAAGCUGCUCGAGCUGCGCGAUUUAAAGCUGCGACUGAUAGAGCAAAUUCAAGAUGAUAACACUACGAUCAAGGCCCUCGAUAUUGACUUGGCCGCGUUGAGGGGCUUGGUAACUACUGGCGUUACGCAUGUAACACCACCGCCACUGCCGUUGUUUGAACCACAAGUGGAUCUACGUGAAUGGCCAGAACAACGCGAAUGUGUUCUGGACGUCCACAUCGACGAAUACGUAAAGAAGGGGACGGUCACGACGGCGUUGGCGUUGCCGGCAGAGUUCCACCUGGGCAACAGCUCCAACAAAGCAACUUCCGCAGCAACUACUCCCAAGCCCCCCGUCCACCCCGUUCUUGGCCAAAGUUGCGUGCCUUUGGGCUCAACCUACGAGCUGUCGACUCUAGAAACCGAAGAAGUGCGGAUCCAAUGCAUCCAACUACAGCGUCAACGACAGGCGCUGGACAGCAAGAUUGUGCACGCCGUGCAGACGUUUGACGAAGCCAUCUACCGCCUUCGCCGUGAGAAAUUGAAGUUGGACAUCGCGUUGAAGAAAGGAGAAAUCAAGCUCAUGACAAGACUCGGCGAGUUGGUCCUCCUCGAACAGUUUGAAAGCAAGGAAAACCUCCUCGUGUCCAAAUUGGAAAAGUGCAAAACGGACAAGGCCCAAGUCGUGCGCGAGUUGACCGACUGCAGCGACCAGCUCGUGUCCAAACGCAAGGAUAUGGACGAGUGCCAGCGCACCGAGAGCGCCGUCCAGAGCGAGUUUGUCGCGCUCGUAGGGCUAUCGCACCCGUGCUUUGGCGUGCUGCAAAAGAUUUUUAAAAAGCGUUUAAAACGCCAAAAGAAACGCGCGGCCGACGACGGCGACGACGACGACGACGAUGAAUCGGACGACGAAUACAACAGCGACGAUGACGACGACGACAAUGACUCGAACGAGGAAGAGAUGUGCCCCAGUGGGUGCGACAUGGCGCUGUACGAAAAGGUGCUGGCGCUGCGUGAAAAGAAAGCCGACGUUGACGACGUUAUGAGCGAAAUCACCAAGGCAAUCGACGAUUUCAAACGAUCAAACGACCGUCACAUUCAAAAACAACGCCAAAUCGACAAGGAACUGACCGCCACGGAACAAGACAUUCAAGCGUUUCAAACGGAAAAACAAAUGCGCUUCAACGAGUUGGACGUGAUUGUCGCGUUGAGUAAACACCAGCUGCGUUGUUUGCAACCCAAGGAUGCCGAGGCUGCUGCAUCCGGAACCGACCCGUCUGCAUUAUAUCUCCCCGAAACCGUCGAAAAUGCUCUAGUGUUCAACCACAGCGUCGUGGACCGCCUAGCUUCCCGCAUUUUGAGCCUCCAAGAGGAAAACAAAUCCCUCCGCCAAGUGUUUAAGGACCUGCAUAAGCAGCAAAGCCAGCUAUUGCGAGACAAAACUCGUCAAAACGAACUGAUUGGCCAAGUAAAUGAAAAGUGCAAUCAGUUGCAACUGCUCAAGUUUGGCCGGCUGAUCGACAUCGAUUUGCUGGAUAAAGCAUGCGACACGGGCAACUUGAACGAGCUCAAGACCAAGGUCCGCACCAAGGAAAUGCACGGCGAGAAGCAGCUCACAGAGGCCAAGGGCGAACAACAGCGACUCAAGAUGGAAAUCUUGGCCGCGACCCAGGAAAAUACGCGGCUGCUAACGGAGAUCGCUUUGCUCAGCGAGAGGCAGUUUGAUCUGGAGAAGGAACUGAACCAGGCGGACGUGAACAAUACGCUCGUGGACGACGGCGCCCAGCUCGAGAAGGAGAUGAGCGAGCGCAAGAAACUGGUGCAGCUGGUCAAGCUGCAGUCGCGGGAGAUUGAUGCGUUGAAGCAGGAGGUGCUCAUGCUCCGCGGCAAAAAAGGGCGUGUCCACAGCUCCACUCAUUAG